AUGGCGAAUACUCCUCUGCAAGAUGCGGCUCUGGGGAUAUUGAUUGUAUUCACUGCUCUUGGCGGGAUCGCAGUGGGUUUGCGACUCUGGAGCCGGAAGAUCAAACGAUCGGCACUGAGUAUUGAUGAUUAUUUGAUGGUGAUAGGAUAUGCAUUGUCUGUUGUCCAAACGGUCACAUCCUGGUAUUGUGAGUAUGGAAAAGGGCCCCUACUCAGCAGGCGAGAGAUCAUCUCGCAUUCGGUGGGCGCGCGGGACACUGACUUGAGGAAAACCUCAGACAUCAAGGCCAACUAUGUCGGAUGGCAUAAAAAACAAAUACCGGUGGAAGAAUAUAACCUCAAGACGGCGAUGAUUUGGAAUUAUGUCGUUCAGCUCGUCUACAACCCAGCAUUGACGUUCAUCAAGCUGUCUAUCUUGAUGUUUCUGCGCCGACUCGACAGCCGUUCCCGCAUCGUCACAAUUCUUAUUUGGUUCUCCACAGCUUUCGUAAUCGGUCUCUUUGUCACGGUUCUCUUUGUCGACAUCUUUCAGUGUCGUCCAGUUGCGCGUGUCUACGAUUUCUCGCUGCAAGGCUCAUGUAUCAAUCAAGGUGUCUUUUACGUUUCGACUGCGGCAUUGAACCUGUUCACGGAUCUCGUGGUGAUGGCGAUUCCAAUCAUCAUCACAUGGAAACUUCAAAUGCCCGUGCGACAAAAGGUGGCAGUAUGCUUCAUCCUGUCUCUCGGUGGAAUUGCGACUGCCAUCGGAGUCUGGCGCAUUGUCAUCCUCGCCCAAGCCUUUAUCGUCAAAGCGCCGAACCCAGAUCCCACAUAUGACAUCAGCUUCGUUUCUUCGGCCGUCGAGUGCAAUGUCGCCGUCAUCACCGCCUGUGCCCCGUCGCUGAAAUCUAUUGCACGAAAAUACAUCCCCAGACUACUUGGCACCUCACGCCGCGAUACCUCCGGCUAUGGGGCUGGAACGAGCGGCUCGCGCAGUCGCUUUCCGGGAUCGAAAAUAUUCACGGGAAACAAGUCACAGCUCCGCUCCAACGCGGACGAUGACUACGAGAUGGGCAAUGCAACGGCUGGGGCCGCCGUCAGUGCUGGUAACCGGGGCAGCGGGCAUUUUGACAUGCGCAAGUAUCGUCGCAAUGGAGACAGUGUCAGUCUCAGCAGUGGGAGCUUGGAAGGAGCCACCGGGAUUGUCAAGACGAUGGAUGUGUCGGUCAAAUACACCGAUGGUCGAGGGACCAUGGAGGACGGGCGGUCCAGAGACAACAAGCAUUCAAGUGUCGACAGUCUCGUAUGA